GGAAGUAGAUGGCGCUGUAACCUGUCAUGGCCGCCUCCUAGUGUAAAGUUUGACAUUGAACCCUUCGCUGAACAGUUUGUGGCUGUACAGUAUUCAGUAUGGCAUCAUUGGUCGUUGAAACCAUGCAGGCCGAACUAGGGGCCACAGAACCCUGGCCUGACAAUGCAGCUCUUUUCCAGCCAUAUCAAGUUGAACAAAUCACUUUUCCUGACUAUGCCCAGUGUCUGGGUGUGAAGACAUUUCUCCACAUGUGCGGACUCAACUUCAAUGUGGAGCUACGGACUAAUGCGGAGGAGAUGUCUCCCUCAGGUAAAGUUCCCUUCAUCCGUGUUGGAGCCUUCCUUGUGUCGGAGCUGGACCCCAUCGUAGCUUUUGUCAACACAAGGGGAUUCCAGUUAAGCAGUCAUCUUGAUGAACAAGAGAAGGCGGAGAUGCGAGCAUACAUGGCUCUGGUUGACAACCUGCUGGUAAAUGCUGAGUUACACCUGGCCUGGUGUGAUCAGCAGGUGUCAGAAGAGGUAAGCAAGCCCCGGUAUGGGUGUAUGCAUCCAUGGCCCCUCAAUCGCCUCCUGCCAUUCAAGAAGCAGAGGGACGUCAGGGCUCGACUCAGCAGUGUGGGAUGGGGCAAGAAGACCGUGGAUGAGGUGUGUGACGACGUUAGAACCUGCUGUCAAGCACUCUCAGAACGUCUGGAUAAAAAGGCUUACUUCUUUGGAGACAAACCAACGGAACUGGAUGCCCAGGUGUUUGGCCACCUGUUCACGAUCCUGACCACUGCACUUCCUGUGAGAAGAUUUGCCGAGGUUAUCGAAGAAUACAAGAAUCUAACCACAUUCUGUCAGCGGAUAGAUGAAAAGGUCUUCAAGAAGGCAGGACACACGUUUUGACAAUACAGUCUUCCCCAUUCCACCUGAAACCAUUGUUCAUUGUGUGACUAGAUCCAUGCCGUCUGGACAUAUCCAUGGACGUGUUAUUUGUUGGUAUAAACAUGAUGGGAAUGUGCUUCUUUGUUAAUUUGUGUGGAGGAUAAGACACGUAUCAGAAGAUUUGUUUUGAAAUGUAUUUUUUCUGACUUAUAAACCGAGAAAUAACGAUCAAAUGUCAGAAUAAAUUGAGAAUAUAUACAUCUUAAAACAAGUGAAAGAGCACCCACAAUUGGAAAGCUGUGUUGAAAUACCUACCAGUCAUGACAGAUUUACAGUCAUAGGAAAAAAUCAGGUGUUCUCUGACUUCUUUUGAGUUUUAUAUGUCAAGUUUCCAGCAAACAAAUACUUGACUUGUUUGUCCCCUAUACAGCAGUAGACUCAACUGGCGCCUGAGUGACACAUAAAAUACAAGCUUCCUUUGACAACAGUGAGCACGCUGCCAGAAUGGAGGACAAUUAGAACGUGGAGGAAACCAUUCAGAUGUGAUAGCACAUUUCAGUUUAUGAUAAAAUGCUACUUUGUUGCUUGAUUCAAAUAGUAAUUUCUAUGGCUUAAAAAAAUUUAAAAAUUGGUUCGCAGGCAAUGGCUUUUGAAAACAUAGUGCAGGCUGGAACAGUGUGUGUUUUUAUGUUUUUAGGUUGUACAAACUAGUAUGUAACCAAAUAAACAGUUGUGUACAGUCAACCUCUUUGAUGUACUGGAAUACAAUAUUUUAUUACUGUUCGACAACCAGUGUGUACAUAAUGCAUGCAUACAAUGAGCUUUGAUUUUAUUUCCCAAAGCAAAGACAUUAUCAUGAGCACACAACACCAGAAGAAGCAUGUCAACAAAUCCGGACAGAAGUAGGCAAGUUAGUGCGGUUGUUACACUGUCUGGCUAUAAAAGUGUUCAUCGUGUAUCUGGACUUAAAUUUGUAGCAUUUCCCUGCUGGGGUCUUAUGUUCAAGAUGUGGAAUAUUAAAGGAUUUUCGUUUUUGUUAAAAGUGGAAAUAAAAACGACUUUGUGAUGAUGCGGACGGUGCCUGAGAACCAAGACUAUUAUUGUUUUUAGCUUAAAAUCACCAAAGCAUUACUUCAAAAACAUUUCCAUCUAUUCAUAAGUCCUCAGCUGCUGAGUUGGUCAUGAGCUACAGUCAGUGCCAAAAUAGCAUGCAGUGUUUCAUUGGUACCUUAGUUGCUAUGGCAAUACAUCAGUUGUGAGUUCCAGUAUCAGUAAUCAACAUCAAUGCCACCCUACACAAUUCAGAUAAAAUGAAGAAGUACUUGUAAUCAUUACGCAACUUUACCAGUCAUUCUCAUCCAAAAAACAUCUUGUCUGACCAGUCAUGUCCAUAUUCAUGCAGAACUCAUUGAUAAUCACAUCAGAAGUCGGAACCAAGGACAAAGCAAACAUGUCAAUAUUGCAUGGUAAAAUAAAUUGUAGAAAUGUAAAGGACUUCAUCAUAGGAUAGUAAGGGGAUUGUAAUACAGGUACGACUGUUGCGUUAGGGCAUGGACACUUAAUACUUUAUACAUGGACACUCUAUAUUUAGGGUCCAUGGUUGGGGCAAUCAUGUUUGGGAACUAAUGCUCCAAUAACAUCCCAAAUAUUACACAGUUUAAAUCAGUGUAAGCAGACAAUACUGCUUCAAUGGGACAAUCAAUGACAAGGUUGGCCUUACUCUUUUCUUCAACGGGGCGGUCGGGUAGCCUAGUGGUUAAAGCGUUAGCUCGUCACGCCGAAGACCCGGGUUUUGAUUCCCGACAUGGGUACAAUGUGUGAAGCCCAUUUCUGGUGUCCCCUGCCGUGAUAUUGCUGGAAUAUUGCUAAAAGGGGCGUAAAACCAUACUCACUCACACACUCACUUUUCUUCAACAUUUCCCCGGCACCCUGUGACAUAAUACCAGUCAAAGCGACAUGAAAUGUCAACACCCUCAUUCACUCAGUUAUUAUAUUUUUCAGGUUUAAGAUAAGAUUGAAUAAGAUAUAUAUUCAUAGUUAUAGCAUGUUUCCAGUAAAUUUCCAGCAUCUAAUUCUUGAAACUGAGUCUUCAUAACGAUCUGAAAUUCAUAGAAAAUAAAGGACGAUUACUUUAAAGUAUUGUCUUAUUUUUGGACAUAUUUUACAAAAGAUAUAUCCAAUGAGAUAUUAUUAUACAAUGUAUUCCCAUGUUUCACCUUUUGAGGAUGAUAUUUGAUGUGUUUUGUUAUGUGGAUAUACAAGCAUGGCUUACUGUAUGUACAGUCAGUGAAUGUACCAUGAGGAGACAACUCUUCAUGUACUGCUAUCAACUUAUCUCCCUUGUAAAAAUUCCUGUGAAUGGAUUUCAGUUUGUCUGUCCUUCAGUAAGUACAAAGCAUUCCUUGUUAAUGUCAUAUGAACAGAUGGACAUGGUUUUGAAUGUAGUGCGUUUGAUAUGUGUGUCAGUAGUUGAAAGGGGAAUGGUUACAGGAAAUAUCAUGGAAAAAUAAAGAAUUUGAUUUUCA